CUCAACCCUUCCUUCCUUAUCACACACACACACACCCUUUCUCUUCUUCCUUUCUUUCUUCUACCUUCUUCCUUCUUCUUUCUUCCUUUCUCUCUAUUUGUAUUGGAUUACACCCUUCAUUUCAAAAUCCUCUCUUAUUUUCCUUUUCAAAUUCUUAUAUUAACUCUCUCUCUCUCUUCAUUAUCCAUUAUAUUCUUCCCAAAUUUCCCCUCUAAAUUUCUCUUCUUCUUUCUCAAGUUAAUUUGACCCCAAAAAUGGCACCAAGAAACAACCAUGGCAAGCCUAAAGGUGAUAAGAAGAAGAAGAAAGAAGAGAAGGUUCUUCCAGUUGUUAUGGACAUCUCUGUCCUUCUUCCUGAUGAGACCCAUGUUGUCUUAAAGGGAAUAUCUACGGACAAAAUAAUAGACGUUCGUCGCCUACUAUCUGUCAAGACCGAGACAUGCAAUAUUACAAAUUUCUCCCUUGCUCACGAGGUAAGAGGGCCCCGCUUAAAGGAUUCGGUGGACGUGUCCGCACUGAAACCCUGCACCUUAACGUUGGUGGAAGAGGACUACGACGAGGAGCUUGCGGCGGCGCACGUCCGGCGACUCCUUGACGUCGUCGCUUGCACCACGUGUUUUGGAACGUUACAGUCGGGGAAGGAUCAGAAUGGCGGUAAGUUCGAUGGCAAUGGCAGGAACUCGUCCGGUUCGCUGGAUAAGAACGCCAAAAAGUCUCCGAACUCCGCCGGUUCGGCCGGCUCCGGUAAGUUCGACGGGUCUGCAGCCAAGCAAGAUGAGUCGGAGGCGGAGAUCAGCCAUUCGUGCCCUAAACUUGGAACGUUCUAUGAUUUUUUCUCUCUCUCCCACCUCACGCCUCCACUCCAAUUUAUACGGAGAGUAACUAAGCAGCAGGUCGAUGGGAUUUUGCCAGAUGAUCAUCUCUUCUCGCUCGAAGCAAAGCUUUGCAAUGGGAAGGUUGUGCGAGUGGAAUCUUGCAGGAAGGGGUUCUUUUGUGUUGGAAAACACCGGAUUUUGAGUCACAACCUGGUUGAUUUGUUACGCCAGCUCAGUAGAGCCUUCGAUAACGCAUAUAGUGAUCUCAUCAAAGCAUUCACAGAACGCAACAAGUUUGGAAAUCUUCCUUACGGCUUUAGAGCCAACACAUGGCUUGUUCCUCCCGUGUCAGCACAAUCGCUUUCAGUUUUCCCUCCUCUCCCUGUGGAAGAUGAAACUUGGGGAGGAAAUGGAGGUGGUUUAGGAAGGGAUGGUAAAAGUGACUUGAUACCAUGGGCCAGUGAGUUUCUAUUUCUUGCAUCUAUGCCUUGCAAGACGGCAGAAGAAAGACAGAUUCGGGAUAGAAGGGCAUUCCUUCUGCACAGCCUUUUUGUUGAUGUUGCCAUUUUCAGAGCCAUUAAAGCAAUUAAACUUGUUAUAGGAAUGUCAAAGGUGGACCAUUUAGUUUCAGACGGUGAAGUCCUCUUUACCGAGAGGGUAGGGGAUUUAAAAGUUACGGUCACAAAGGAUCUUCCUGAUGCAAGUUGCAAGGUAGAUACCAAAAUCGAUGGAAUACAAGCCAUUGGAAUGGACCAAAGGAACUUAGUGGAAAAGAAUUUAUUGAAGGGAAUCACUGCUGAUGAAAAUACUGCUGCCCAUGAUACUGCAGCCCUAGGUGUCAUAAAUGUGAGAUAUUGUGGUUAUAUCUCCAUAGUGAAAAUUGAGGAGAAAGAGAACGAGAAAGUUAGUUCUCAAUAUCAAAGCAUUGAACUUCUUGAGCAGCCUGAAGGUGGUGCCAAUGCCCUCAACAUUAACAGUUUGAGGUUAUUACUUCACCAAACUACACCUUCAGAGCAUAACAAAUCUCUCACUCAUUUGCAAAGUAUGGAUCAAGAAGAGCUUGGUGCUGCCCAAGCUUUUAUAGAGAAACUAUUAAAAGAAAGCCUUGCCAAGCUCGAAAAAGAGGAGAUACGGUCUAAUCAUUUUGUUAGAUGGGAACUUGGAGCCUGCUGGAUUCAACAUUUGCAAGAUCAAAAGACCACAGAAAAAGAUAAGAAACCAUCCAGUGAAAAGGCCAAGAAUGAAAUGAAGGUGGAGGGACUUGGGACACCUCUCAAAUCUCUUAAGAAUAAGAAAAAGCAAGAUAUGAAAACAUUAAAGAUGCAGUCUGGAAAUGAUUCCAGUUCAGAUGGCAUGACUGGUGAAGUCAACGAUGCUACCUCGUGUGAAGCUGAAAACGAAAAAAAAUCAAAAGAAAAUGAAAUAGCAUUGAGGAGGAAGUUGUCCGAAGAGGCCUUUGAUCGGCUGAAAAAUUUAGACACUGGUUUGCAUUGCAAGUCCAUGCAAGAAUUAGUUGACUUGUCCCAGAAUUAUUACGUGGAAGUGGCUCUUCCAAAACUGGUAUCGGAUUUUGGUUCUUUAGAGCUUUCACCAGUUGAUGGCCGUACUCUAACAGAUUUCAUGCACACAAGAGGUCUUCAGAUGCGUUCACUUGGUCAAAUUGUCAAGCUUUCAGAGAAGCUCUCGCAUGUGCAAUCACUUUGCAUACAUGAGAUGAUAGUACGGGCUUUUAAGCAUAUUCUUCGGGCUGUCAUUGCUGCUGUUGACAUUGAUAAAAUGGAUGUUUCUGUCGCCGCCACAUUAAACUUGCUCCUUGGGGUUCCUGAAAGUGGAGAACCACUGAAGCCUUGCAAUGUCCACUCCCUUGUCUGGAGAUGGCUGGAGCUGUUCUUAAUGAAGCGAUAUGAAUGGGACAUAAGCAGUUUCAACUACAGAGAAUUAAGAAAAUUUGCAAUUUUGCGUGGCAUGUGUCACAAGGUGGGUAUUGAGCUGGUUCCACGAGAUUUUGAUAUGGAUUCUCCAUUUCCGUUCCAAAAAUCGGAUGUUGUAAGCUUGGUCCCAGUGCAUAAGCAAGCAGCAUGUUCAUCUGCAGAUGGAAGGCAACUUUUAGAGUCUUCAAAAACAGCUUUAGAUAAAGGAAAACUUGAGGAUGCUGUAACCUACGGUACAAAGGCUCUCGCAAAACUCGUUGCAGUUUGUGGUCCCUAUCAUCGCAUGACAGCUGGAGCUUACAGCCUCCUUGCUGUAGUUUUAUAUCACACUGGUGAUUUUAAUCAGGCUACUAUUUACCAGCAAAAAGCCCUGGAUAUAAAUGAGAGAGAAUUGGGACUUGAUCAUCCAGAUACAAUGAAGAGUUAUGGGGAUUUAGCUGUUUUUUAUUACAGACUUCAGCAUACAGAGUUAGCUCUUAAGUAUGUAAAACGUGCUCUCUAUCUUUUACAUCUCACUUGUGGCCCCUCUCAUCCAAACACUGCUGCAACAUACAUCAAUGUGGCUAUGAUGGAGGAAGGGCUUGGAAAUGUGCAUGUUGCCCUCAGAUAUCUCCACAAAGCUCUCAAGUGUAACCAAAGAUUACUUGGUCCGGAUCAUAUUCAGACAGCAGCAAGCUACCAUGCUAUAGCCAUUGCACUCUCACUAAUGGAAGCAUACCCUUUAAGUGUUCAACAUGAGCAGACAACCUUGCAAAUUCUGCGAGCAAAGCUGGGCCCGGACGAUCUACGCACUCAAGAUGCUGCUGCUUGGCUAGAAUACUUUGAGUCCAAAGCUUUUGAACAACAGGAAGCUGCAAGGAAUGGUACUCGGAAGCCUGAUGCAUCAAUAGCUAGUAAAGGCCACUUAAGUGUAUCCGAUUUGCUUGACUACAUAAAUCCCAGUCAUGAUGCCAAAGGGAGGGAUGCAGCAACAAAGAGGAAAAACUAUUUUGUGAAGUUAAAGGGAAGAUCUGACCAUAGUGCAAGCUUGGCACAUGGUGAUGAAUCUCCUCAAGAGAACUCAAAAGAGGUUUCUGAUGAAGAGACACUUGUACUUGGACCAGGAGAUGGUCCGAGUACAGAUGAGGAGACUACCACACCAGUCGAAGCCCAACAACCUGUUACUGAGGAAGCUGCUGAGGAAAGGCCAAAAAUAGUAGUUGAUGUCAUAUCUGAACUCCACCCUGAAGGAGAAGAGGGAUGGCAACCAGUUCAAAGACCAAGAUCAGCUGGGUCAUAUGGGCGGCGGCUGAAGCAACGUCGAGCCACUUUUGGCAAGGUCUUUAGUUAUCAGAAGAUGAAUAUAGAUGUUGACAGUGAAUCUCACAAAUUGAAGAAUAAUAAUCCGAACAGUCGAUUAUAUGUGUUAAAGAAAAGAACAAUAUCCCAUGGUAGUUAUACAGAUCAUCAUUCUAUGAAUUCCUAUCAAGGUUCCAAAUUUGGGAAGAGAUUAGUCAAAACUUUGACUUACAGGGUUAAGUCAAUUCCCUCAUCUACAGAAACUGCUGCAGCAGUGGUGCCUGCCACUGAAACUGCUGACAAGGUCGGUUCUUCAGUAGAACCUGGUAGAACCUCGACUCCAAUUGAUGCUAGUUCAUUGAAGAAUACAAUAGUCAGCCUUGGAAAAUCACCUUCAUACAAGGAAGUGGCUGUGGCCCCACCAGGUACUAUUGCCAUGUUGCAGGUCAAGGUUCCUCAGAGUGAUACAACUGGUGCUGAGGAACUUAGAGUUGAGAUACAUGAAGAAAAAUCAAAUGAAAUUAAGGAAAUCUCUGAUGGUUCUAUUGUGGAAUCUUCAGGUUUCUUGAAAGAGGAAGAACAAGUUGAGGAGAAGAAUGAUGAAACUCAGGCGGGACAUACUGUGGAAAAUAACCCUUCUCAAAUGGUAUCUGAGCCCGUGGAAGGACUACAAUCUUGUGUUAAUGAUGUGACUGAAGUUGUGGAGGACAAUGUACCUAAUGAGAGCAUGUCCUAUCCUGUUGGCUCUUCUGAAAGUGGACCCGCUGUGGAGGAUCUAUCACACGGCCCUGAAUCCGACAAUUUUGACUCCCAUGAACAAGUUGAGGAUUCAAAGGACAAGUCGUCAGUUCUAAGUUCUGGUGAGACUCGAGGACUCAAUAAUAAGAAAUUAUCUGCUUCUGCAGCUCCAUUUAACCCAUCGCCAGUUAUCAUACGUGCUGCACCUGUAGCCAUGAAUAUAACAAUUCCUGCUGGUCCUCGUGCUAUUCCACCUAUUGCACCUUGGCCAGUAAACAUGAAUAUUCACCCAGGGCCUGCUUCAGUAUUGCCAACAAUUAAUCCAUUAUGCUCAUCUCCUCACCAACCAUACCCAUCCCCUCCACCAACCCCUGGUAUGAUGCAGUCCAUGCCCUUCAUAUACCCUCCUUAUUCCCAACCACAGGCAAUACCAACUUACACUCAGCCUUUAUCUGUACCUGGUUAUUCCCAACCAGUACCAACCAGUACAUUUCCUGUAACCACCAGUGCUUUUCAUCCCAAUCCUUUUACUUGGCAGUGCAGUGUGAACACUAACCCAUCGGAAUGUGUUCCAGGCACAGUUUGGCCUGGUAGCCAUCCACCAGAGUUUUCUGUCCCAUCACCUGUCGAUCCUGUUAAUGAUUUCAUGAAAGAUUUGAAUGUCAACUGUGAUGAUUCUUUGAAAGUUCUGCCAGCAGAUAUUGACAGCCUAGGAGAAGCUAAAACGGAAAAUAAUUCUCUGGCAUCUGAGCGUAUGGUUAGUGAAAAUGGAGGUGCUGGGAUUGGUUUAGAGAACGUGGAACAAAAGUGUCAUUCAAAUCCAUGUAUGGUUGAAAGUUCAACCAUUGAACGCAUACAAAAAUCCAUUUUAAAUGGAAAUGUGGAAAGCAGUAGAGAAAAUGUUGAUGGUGAGAAAACCUUCAGCAUUUUGAUAAGGGGAAGAAGAAACCGGAAACAGACUCUCAGAGUGCCAAUCAGUUUGCUAAAUCGACCUUACGGCUCACAGUCAUUCAAAGUAAAUUAUAACAGAGUGGUUAGAGGAAGUGAUCUUCCUAAGUAUACCAACUAUUCAGCAAGCAAAGAAUGUACAGCUAGUGCAACAUAGCUGUAGGUUGUGUCAUUCUUGCAGACAGAUCGUUCAAAGAUAGACAAGGAUAUUGCUGAUAUUAUGGUCCUGUAAGCAAAUGGAGUAACUGGAACUGGAUGUCUUCUGGCUUCAUGUUUACGUAUCAUCCCUGCCUUGUCACUUUCAUGAUUCAAACGAACUCUGAGAACAAUUGAGGCAUGAUAAACACAUCUGGUGAAGAAUUAAGCAGAUCUUAAAGGUGAUUCUUCAUUAUAUAGUUGGAAAUUGGAUCACAUCAUUCAAAGAUAAGUUGGUUUCUGGCUUUGGGAUAAUAGUGAAGCAUUGAUUUUGGUAGGGUAGUUUAAAACUGUAUACCACUAAUUAUUUCAUUUAUGUUUGACCCAUAAACUUUUCAUUCCUUUUUUUUUUUCCAUGAUCAAGUUGAUUAGAACCUUUUUUAUGUUCUAAUGACAUAACAAUGAGCCAAAAGAAUAAGGAAUUGCUCCCAUUAAUAUCUUGAGCUUUCUAAUGUUGUCUGAUUUUGAGUUGUUAUUUUUAUUUGUGAGGUUUCUUCUGGUAUUGUCAAGAGAUUUGUGGGCUGGUACUUCUUUCUGGUGAUUUAGGAUUUGUGAUAUUUGUGGUCCAAAA